AUGGGUGUAGCACCAUCAGUUCAGAUCGUUAUAGUGGGACUUGAAGGCACGGGGAAAACAACGCUAAUGUAUCGUCUGAAAUUUGGACAAUACACAAAUUCCAUCCCCACUGUUGGCUUUAACCGUGAGAAGGUUGAACUAACAGAAGGAAGGAAUAAAGGCGUUACUUUCACAAUGUGGGAUCUCGGAGGAAAAGACAACAUGAGACCUCUUUGGAAGUCCUACCUGAGAUCGGCAGCUGGGAUUAUCUUUGUUGUUGACAGCAAUAACAGGGAUGACAUGGAAGAAGCCCGCAUGGAGUUGCUGAAACUGGUAAAAAUGCAAAAUCCUAACAACAUUCCCACAUUGGUGAUGGCCAAUAAGCAAGAUCUGCCCAAUGCUAUGUCACCUGAUGAGGUGGCUAAAUCAAUGGGAGUGAAUGAAUUGUGUGCGACUCAAUUGUGUCAGGUGUUGCCAUCGUGUGCCAUUACCGGCGAGGGUUUGACAGAAGCGAUGGACGCCAUUUUUGAGAUGAUGAGAAAAUGGAAGAAAACGAAAAGGAAGUUUAGAUAA